AUGGCGUCGCCCCGCGAGGACGAGUACGACUACCUGUUCAAGAUCGUGCUCAUCGGCGACUCGGGCGUGGGCAAGUCGAACCUGCUGAGCCGCUUCACGCGCAACGAGUUCAACCUCGAGUCCAAGAGCACCAUCGGCGUCGAGUUCGCCACCAAGUCCAUAGUGGCCGAGGGCAAGACCAUCAAGGCGCAGAUCUGGGACACGGCGGGCCAGGAGCGAUAUAGAGCAAUCACCAGCGCAUACUACCGCGGUGCAGUAGGCGCGCUGCUGGUGUAUGACAUUACCAAGCACGGUACGUUCGAGAACGUGGAGCGCUGGCUGAAGGAGCUGCGGGACCAUGCGGACGCCAACACGGUGAUCAUGCUGGUGGGCAACAAGAGCGACCUGCGCCAUCUGCGCGCAGUGUCGACCGAGGAGGCCAUGGCGUUCGCGGAGAAGAACAACCUGGCGUUCAUCGAGACGUCGGCUCUGGAAGCCACGGGCGUGGACACGGCCUUCCAGCGCAUCCUGACCGAGAUCUACAAGCUCAUGAGUCGCAAGACGAUCCAGGCGGAGGAGAACGCGACCGCGAGUCUCCCCACGGGCAACAGCAUCGCCAUCACGGCUGAGAACACGACCGAGAGCCAGAAAAAGAAGAAGAAGAGCGGUUGCUGCUAG